AUGGAGGGCGUCAGUGACAAAUCCCAGGCUGACGGCCGCGUGGAACACCGGGAGAUGCCAACCGAAGGGAAAGCCCAUGGCGGAAUCGACUUGUUGGCGCACAACAUCCCAUAUGGACCAGGCGGCGUGAAAGGCAUGUUCUCUUCGGGCCCUUACGUCCUCUAUGCUGCAUUCUUGGCGUCUUUGGGUGGCUUCUCCUUCGGUUACGAUCAGGGCGUCAUGGGUAUCAUCAACGUCCUCCCGCAAUUCCACACAGUCAUUCCGCGAGCGGAAACCGCAUUUGGCAAGGGAUUCAUGACCGGCAUGCUUCUACUCGGCGCUUUUAUCGGUUGCUGGUUUUACCCAUACGUUUCCGACCGCUGGUCCAGGAAAAAGGCCCUCCUUUUGAGUUCCAUAAUCUUCACCAUCGGCGGAGUUAUCCAGACCGCCGCUUACAAUUACGGGACGCUUGUUGCAGGACGGACGAUCGGAGGUAUCGGAACCGGGACACUUGCUCUGGGUGCCCCGAUGUACAUCUCUGAGAUAUCCCCACCCCAUCUCCGCGGAACUCUCCUCGUCCUGGAGUCAGUCGCAAUCGUCUCGGGAGUCACAAUCGCGUACUGGAUUUCGUACGCAUGCAAAGACAUUGCAAGCGACGCCUCGUGGCGCGUGCCUUUCGCGCUGCAGUUGCCCUGCGCCCUUAUCCUCGGCGCCAUGAUCCAACUGUUUCCCUACUCGCCUCGCUGGUUAGCAAUGCAGGACAGACACGAAGACUGCUUGGACAGCCUGAGCAAGCUGCGGAAUCUUCCGGCUUCGGAUGAGCGUGUUCAAGCCGAGUACCAGGGUAUCCUUGCCGAGGUCAAAUUCCAGGCCGUGAUGCUAGAGCGCCGCCAUCCUGGAGUCCGUGGGUUCAGAUUGGAGAUCGUGCAGUGGCUUGACCUCUUCACGAUCAAGCGGUGGAGGCGCACUGCUGUUGGUGUAGGAGUUUGCUUCUUCCAACAGCUCCAAGGCGUGAAUGCAUUCAUCUACUACGCUCCGACACUUUUCAGAAACAUUGGCCAAUCUGACGACAUGUCGCUAAUCCUAUCCGGAAUCUUCAACGCGCUUCAGAUCGUCGGUGUAUGCAUUGCCUUUGUGCUUAUUGACAGAAUCGGGCGACGGCCGCUCGCCAUUGGCGGUGGCAUCGGCAACCUGACUUGCUUCGUGAUUAUCGCGGUGCUCGUUGGCAAGUAUGGAGGCAUCUGGGCCGAGAACACGAGUGCAGGCUGGGCGUGCGUUACCAUGGCCUUCUUGUUCAUUGUCGUCUUCGGCGCCUCUUACUCUUCGCUCGGAUGGGCUCUUCCGCCGGAGGUAUUCCCCGUCAGUAUUCGCUCCAAGGGUGUUGCCUUCUCGGUUGCCAUCAAUUGGCUUUCAAACUUCACAGUCGGCGUCGUCACCCCGCCCAUGAUUGACGGCAUCGGCUUCGGCACAUACGUUUUCUACGCCUGCUUCUGCGGCUUUGCUGCCCUUUGGGCGUACUUUCUCGUUCCAGAAACUAUGGGCAAGACCCUCGAGCAGAUGGAUGAAGCAUUUGGAGAUCUAAGUGGCCAGGAGGAGCAAGAGGUUAUGAGAGAGAUUAUGAGCAACCCAACCCUUGUAGGCAAGCAGACAGCCGUAUGA